UCUAAAAACAUAAAUCUACUGUUUUUGAAUCGCCCAUACAAAGUCAAAUUAUCAUUAUUUCUUUUAUUUUUCUGGCAUUCUUCUAUGAAGAAAACAAAUAUUUAUUGAACCAGUUAAAUAAAUUCGUUUAUUUGAAUUGUAAAUAGUUGAAAUUAAAACAUCAGUGUGUUUGAAUCCAUUUUGGAAUGAUUUUAAUGUACAACCCAAGCAUGGCCACCGGCCAAUGGCCGUGACAACUAAGUACCCAAUUUAUCAAAAUACAUUUUCUGUGUUUUUUUAAUACGAUUUACUUUCUUAUUUUUGUAAUUUCUUUUUUGAUUUGGAUUUAAAAUUACAACUUUCAUAAUGUCUUGGCAACCGCAAGAAGACGGUUUGAGACAAAUUCUCACUUUAUUGAAAGAGUCCCAAUCACCAAAUACCGCAACACAAAGAAUGGUUCAACAUAAACUGGAAGAAUUGAAUACUUUUCCAGAUUUUAACAACUAUUUAAUAUUUGUGUUAACGAAAAUGACAAACGAAGAUGAAUCGACACGAUCGUUAAGUGGUUUAAUAUUAAAAAACAAUGUUCGAGAUCAUUACAAUAAUUUUCUACCAGAAGUAUCGGAGUUUAUAAAAUCGGAGUGUUUAAGUUCGGUUGGUGAUCCGUCACCGUUAAUUCGGGCUACGGUCGGUAUUUUAAUAACAACGAUAUCGAGUAAAGGUGAAUUAACAACAUGGCCUGAAUUGUUACCAACAUUGUGUCAAAUGCUUGAAUCAACGGAUUACAACGUUUGUGAAGGUGCUUUUGGUGCCUUACAAAAGAUCUGUGAAGAUAGCGCUGAACUUCUUGAUAGUGACGCGUUAAAUCGUCCAUUAAACAUUUUAAUACCAAAAUUUUUACAAUUUUUCAAACAUGAUAGUGCUAAAAUUCGUUCGCAUGCGAUUGGUUGUGUUAAUCAAUUUAUAAUUAGUCGAACACAAGCGUUUAUGAAUCAUAUUGACGCGUUUUUAGAGAAUUUAUUUCAUUUAUCAAACGAUGAAAACUCUGAAGUUCGAAAGAAUGUUUGUCGGGCAAUUGUUAUGCUUCUAGAAGUGUCCUUAGAUCGUUUGAUACCACACAUGCAAUCGAUAAUCGAGUACAUGUUACGACAAACACAGGAUAUCGAUGAAAGUAUUUCAUUGGAGGCGUGUGAAUUUUGGCUUUCCUUAGCCGAACAACAAAUUUGUAAAUCGGUGCUGGGGAAUUAUUUACCACAGUUGGUUCCAAUUCUAGUUUGUGGUAUGAAAUAUUCUGAUUUGGAUAUAAUUCUAUUACGAGGGAAUGUUGAAGAGGAUGCAAUGAUUCCUGAUCGAGAAGAAGAUAUUCGACCUAGAUUUCAUAAAUCUAAAUCACAUUCAUCAAAUAAACAUUCGAAUUUAGACGGUGGUGGUGGUGGGGGGUUUGGAGCAACAAUGACUACACCAGGUGGUGAUCAUGAUAGUGGAGAUGAAUCCGAUUACGAUGGUGAAGAUGAUGAUGGUUCAUUAACCGAUUGGAAUUUACGAAAAUGUAGUGCAGCUGCCCUGGAUGUUCUUGCGAAUGUAUUCCGUGAAGAUUUAUUACCGGUUUUGAUACCAAUUUUAAAAGAAACACUCUUUCAUCGAUCGUGGAUUGUUAAGGAAUCGGGUAUUUUAGCCUUAGGUGCAAUCGCCGAAGGUUGUAUGACGGGAAUGGUAAAUCAUUUAACUGAUUUAAUACCAUAUUUAAUAAAUUGUUUAAGUGAUAAAAAAGCGUUAGUUCGUGCAAUCACUUGUUGGACCUUGAGUCGAUAUGCGCAUUGGGUUCUAACACAACCACAUGAUCAAUAUUUAAAACCGUUAUUAACGGAAUUAUUAAAACGGAUUUUAGAUCCGAAUAAACGGGUUCAAGAAGCUGCAUGUUCUGCAUUCGCAACAAUUGAAGAAGAAGCUUGUACCGAAUUAGUUCCAUAUUUAGGUUUUAUUUUAGAAACUUUGGUAUUUGCUUUUGGUAAAUAUCAACAUAAAAAUUUAUUAAUCUUAUACGAUGCGAUUGGAACUUUAGCGGAUUCCGUUGGACAUCAUUUAAAUAAACCCGAAUAUAUUAAUCUGUUAAUGCCUCCGUUAAUUAAAAAAUGGAAUAUGUUGAAAGAUGAAGAUAAGGAUUUAUUUCCAUUACUUGAAUGUUUGUCGAGUGUUGCAACCGCUUUACAAUCGGGAUUUUUACCGUAUUGUGAACCGGUUUUUCGACGUUGUAUUUCUCUAAUUGAACAAACGUUAAAUCAAUUUAUAGCGAAUACACAAAAUCCCGAACAAUUUGAACCGCCGGAUAAAGAUUUUAUGAUUGUGGCUUUGGAUUUACUAUCGGGGUUAACCGAGGGUUUAGACGGCCAUAUUGAUAAAUUGGUUGCGAAUAGUAAUAUUAUGCAUUUAUUAUUUUCAUGUAUGCAAGAUCCAAUGCCGGAAGUACGACAAUCUUCGUUUGCAUUAUUAGGUGAUUUAACAAAAGCAUGUUUUCAACAUGUCCUACCCUGUAUAUCGGAAUUCUUACCGAUAUUGGGACAAAAUUUAAAUCCUGAAUUUAUAUCCGUAUGUAAUAAUGCCACUUGGGCGAUUGGUGAGAUUAGUAUAAAAUUAGGAGCCGACACAAAACCGUAUGUUCCAUUAGUAUUAGCACAACUGAUUGAAAUAAUAAAUCGACCAAAUAUGCCAAAAACUUUAUUAGAAAAUACCGCAAUUACGAUCGGUCGUCUUGGAUAUGUUUGUCCCUACGAGGUCGCACCAUUGUUACAACAAUUCGUUCGACCGUGGUGUACUUCGUUACGUAAUAUUCGUGAUAAUGCUGAAAAAGAUAGCGCGUUUCGUGGUAUGUGUCAAAUGGUUAGCGUGAAUCCCGGUGGUGUUGUAAAUGAUUUUAUAUUUUUCUGUGAUGCACUCGCUUCAUGGGUCGCACCUGGGGACGAUUUAAAAGAUAUGUUCAGUAAAAUUUUACAUGGUUUCAAAGCUCAAGUCGGUGAUGAUAAUUGGAAGAGAUUUAGUGAUCAAUUUCCACCACAAUUAAGCGAACGAUUAACCACACUAUACGGGGUCUGAAAGAGGGAAUCAAUACAUUGUAUACACGUUGGGGAUGUAGAUCGGUACCGCGACAGGCUCUCGGGGUUGUGUCGUAAUCGCGCGCGGGGGAACAAAAAAAUCAUAUAGGCAUCGGGGGAAUUAUGUAGCAUGUUGGAAAUUCGUCUUGUUAUAUUGUUGGGUUUGUGCCUGUUGCUUCAGGUAUUUUCUGUAACCAAUAAUUCAGUGUUUAUUUGUAUCAUAAUCAUAGUGGUAUGUGAU